UCUUUGCCGUUUUCUAACAAACAAACGGCACGAUGUCUUAAAAUGUAAAGCAGAAACAGCAAGCGAAUUUUCUUUGUGUGGACACUUCUUCCCAGAUUAUCACCUUUCAGUCUGUGUUGUGAAACAUUCUCAUCCACAGACCACAAGAAGACGACGAAGAUGAAGCUGAAAGUGUAUGCGGAUCGUAUGUCACAGCCAUCUCGUGCUAUAAUCAUAUUUUGCAAGGUUAACGGAAUUGAAUUCGAUGAGGUUUUGAUUAUCUUGGCCAAGCGUCAACAGUUGUCCCCUGAAUUCAAAGAGAUUAACCCAUUGGGGAAGGUUCCAAGUAUUGUUGACGGCAGAUUUAAACUCUUCGAGAGUCACGCCAUCUUGAUUUAUCUUGCCUCAGCAUUCCCAAGUGUAGCUGAUCAUUGGUACCCAAAUGAUGUUUCCAAGAGAGCCAAGAUUCACUCUGUCUUGGAUUGGCAUCACACCAAUUUACGCCCUGGUGCAGCUGGAUAUGUAAUGAAUACUGUUCUAGCUCCAUUUCUUGGCCGUUCUCUAGAUUCGAAAGCAGCUGCGGAAGCUGAGAAGAUACUAACCAAGUCUCUGUCCACUCUGGAGACUUUCUGGCUUAAGGGCAAUGCUAAAUUCUUGCUCGGAAGCAACCAACCAUCCGUAGCUGAUCUCAGCCUUGUCUGCGAGCUUAUGCAACUCCAGGUUUUGGAUGAGAAAGAUCGUCUUAGGUUGUUUAGUCCUUACAAGAAAGUUGAAGAAUGGAUUGAGAAUACGAGAAAGGCUACGCAGCCUCACUUUGAUGUGGUUCAUAAAACCCUUUACGGAGCCAAAGACAAAUUUGACAAGCAGCGGAAGAUGUCCAAACCGGGUCUUCAAUCUAAGAUGUAAGAAACCAAACUUGUAUUGGUGACGGUUUGGCCAAAACCGGUUUAGCGGAUCACUGUAAUAACUCGGUUCAACAUUCACAUUUGUAACCGAAACAAAAUAAUGUCAUAAUGUACUCACUUUAUCACUCUGCUUUUAUAAAAUAGGAUAUCAAUCAAUGGGAAAAUAAGCAUUUAAUU